AUGAGGUCAGUGAGGACCUUAGUCUCCCAAGGCCAUUUGCUCCCAGUGCUGGUCCUGGCGUUGCUCCUGGUUGACUCCCUUGGCGAGGAUUUAAAUUUUCACCCGGAGUGGGGGUUUGACUCAUCUGAAAUCACCAUCCCCAGAAAGCUGAGCUUCCGGGGAGGGAAGCAGGGCACGACCAAACGCAUGUCCUACCUCCUGCAGGUACAAGGCAAGAAGCAUGUCGUCCACCUGUGGCCCAAGAGGUUUCUGUUGCCCCGGCACCUGCAGGUUUUCUCCUACACAGAAGAGGGGGAGCUCGUGGAGGAUCACCCUUACAUACCCAGGGACUGCAACUAUGUGGGCGUGGUGGAAGGAGCUGAGGAUUCUGAAGCUACUCUCAGUACAUGCGCGGGGGGUCUCCGAGGCAUAUUGAAAAUUGAUGCCAAAUAUUACCAAAUCGAGCCCCUCAGGGCCUCUUCCGGUUUUGAACAUGCCAUAUAUCUCCUGAAGAAUGAGGGGGGAUUUCAGGAUCAGCUCUGUGGCAUCACUGGUGAUGAAAAAGAAGAGCAGAUGGCCCAGCCUGACAUCAUGGCUCGGUAUAGUGACUUUGCUGACAGCGUUAAACACCAAAGGUACUUGGAGUUGGCCAUGGUCUUUGAUCACGAUAGAUAUUUGUAUUUGAAUUCCAAUCUGAGUCAAGCAAUAGAUGAUGCCAUUCUUAUGGCUGGGGUGAUAGAUACUUACUAUCAAGAGAUCAGUCUGAGAAUACAUCUAAAAGGUGUUGAAGUGUGGACGACUACAAACAAAGUAAGACUUUCAUAUGAUAAAAUAGUUUCGGCUUUAACCCAAUUUAGGGCAUACAGAACACAUGCCCUAAAUUCUAAGAUCCCGGCAGAUUGGGAACAUAUAUACAUUCAAGGAAACUUUACCGAUCGCAAUUCAUGGCACUGGGGGAAAGUGUGUGGUAAGGAAUUUGUCGGAUCUGGAAGUGUUAUUAUAGAUAAGGAUCUCCUUUUACCUGCCAUUUGGACGACUCAUGAAAUAGGCCAUAGUGUGGGAAUGGAGCAUGACACGCAAUACUGCCAAUGUAGGGGGCAGCACAGUUGCAUCAUGGGCACUGGACGCACUGGGUUUAGUAAUUGUAGCUACAACGAUUAUAUAAACUACGUACGUCAAAAAGCAACAUGUCUGACUGACAUCCCAGGACUAGGGUUUGUGGUUAAGAAAUGCGGAAACAAAAUUGUGGAAGACAAUGAGGAAUGUGACUGUGGUUCGAAAGAGGACUGUGAAAAAGACCAUUGUUGCGAACCAGAUUGUAAAUUCAAACAGGGUGCCACGUGUAGCACAGGACUUUGCUGCCACAAAUGUCACUUUCGUCCAUCUGGGUACGUGUGUCGGGAGGUAGAAAACGAAUGUGACCUGGCAGAGUACUGCAAUGGGACCUCGAGCUUCUGCCCAAAUGACACGUAUAAGCAGGAUGGCACCCCGUGCAAGUAUGACGCCCGUUGUUUCCAGAAGGGGUGCUGGUCCACCUAUAUGCAGUGCCAACGCAUUUUUGGAUCUGAUGCCAGGGAGGCUCCAGAUCAGUGCUACGAAGCAGUUAAUUUAAUAGGGGAUCAAUAUGGCAACUGUGGUAUCAUUGCAGUUGCUCAGUAUGAAAAGUGUACCAAACAGAAUUCCUUAUGUGGCAGAGUGCAGUGUAUAAACGUCCCAACCCUCCCUGACAUGCCAGAUCACAUGAGUGUGGUUUCUACUCAUCUGCAGAAUGAAAAUCUGUUGUGCUGGGGCCUAGGCUACCAUCCGGCCAUGGUAUCCAUGGGGAUUCCUGACUUGGGUGUAAUCCAUGAUGGCACCUCCUGUGGCAAGGGCCAGAUAUGCUGGAACAGAACUUGUGUGGAUACUUCCAUCCUGAAGAUUGACUGUGUGCCUGAGAAUUGCAAUGACAGAGGCUUUUGCAACAAUAACAGAAAUUGCCACUGCGUGUACGGCUGGGCGCCUCCGUUCUGUGAGGACCAAGGGUAUGGAGGGAGCGUUGAUAGCGGGCCGCCGAGACAGGUGGAGUUGAAGGUGCCUGCCUCCUUAAGGAUCGUGUACCUUUUGAUGUUACGCGUUGUUUUGUUCGCCCUCUCAGUGACUUUAGUGAUUCUCAGGGUAUUGACUAGAGAUUUAUCAAAACUCAAACAAAAAAGAAAACCACCUACUAACACGGAGAUAGAUAAUUCAAGGCAAGAUGAAGAAAUUCAAGUAACAUACAAACCAAAAAAAAAAGUAACCUGGAAACCCACAGUCGCUUCCGAACACAUGCUCACAUAGGAAAGAAGCUUAUUGUUUAUCCAAAGGCUCCUAACUCUUCCUCCAAUUCUUUUUUUACUUACUUUUCCUUCUAGUUUUGAUCAGCAAAUAAAUGAUAUUCUUGU